GCGCUCCUGAUUGGCCUGAGGGCCCCCCAGCUCCGGACUUGUCCUCCAUUCAGCCCACUCAAGGGCUGCACAACUGCUCCUCACCCUGCACGGAGCUCGCGGCACGCCGGGCCUGCCAGGGAGGGUCUACCGGUCUACGGUGGGGAACCUGCCCGGCCACGUUGGCGGGGCCCGGCCUGCACCUUCGGUCUGCUCCGUGCUAUCCUCGGAGCUACCAGCCCCCAGCAGGACCCACACUCUUCAUGGAAAGCCCCGCGCAGUCCCCCUGGUGAUGGCAGCCGACAGUGACGUGAAGAUGCUGCUGAAUUUUGUGAACCUGGCUUCCAGUGACAUCAAGGCGGCCUUGGACAAGUCUGCACCAUGCCGCCGCUCCGUGGACCAUCGCAAGUACCUGCAGAAGCAGCUCAAGCGCUUCUCCCAGAAGUACUCGAGGCUCCCUCGGGGCCUGCCUGGCAGGGCCACCGAGACCCACCUACAAAGGGGACCUGAGGACCGGCCUGGGCGGCUGCCUCUCCAUCCCUGUCCCCAUUCCAGCCCUGGAGGGGGUGGGAGCUGCAAGGAGAAGGCCCUGGGGACCCCCUUUGGGGAGGAGUGCCUUUCUAAGGAGCAGAGCCUCCAGGGACUAAGUCCAGAGGCUGCUAGGCCUGGCCAGGUGCCCAUGAGGAAGAGACAGCUACCCGCUUCCUUUUGGGAGGAGCCAAGGCCCACCCUCAGCUACCCAAUGGGGCUGGAAGUGGGCCUGGGAGCCAGGGAAGCAUCUCUGUAUGAGAGUAAGAAAAGUUGCAAGGGCCUGGAGUCCCUGGGUCCUGAGACUGCCCCGUUGCCCAUGUCCCCUAGGGCACUGGCUGACAAGGAGCCACUCAAGAUGCCUGGGAUCUCCUUGGUAGGCAGCCUUGAUGCCUGGGGCUACUGCCCCUUCCAGUACCAUGGACAGCCCAUCUUCUCUGGCCUUCCCGGGGUUCUGCCUCAAGGCCCAGUACCCAGCCUGGGCUUGUGGCGGAAAAACCCAGCCUCACCUGGGGAGCUGGCCCACUUUUGCAAAGAUGUGGAUGGCCCAGGGCCCAAAGUGUACAGACCUGUGGUUCUGAAACCCAUUCCCACCAAGCCAGCCAUGCCUCCACCCAUCUUCAAUGUCUUUGGCUACCUCUAGCUGGACUGGGAGGGCCUCCGACCCCUCCUUCAGCCUUCAGGAUGGGGUCCCUGAUGAGUUCUCUGCGUCAGAAGGGAGCUAGGCAGUGGCAGGGUCUCUUGGGCAUCUUUUCUUUGUGUCAGAGGGCGGGCUGCCUCAGGCAGGGGCCUCCUCAGGCAGACACCAGUUUGGUCCUUAUAGCCUGUGGAGCCAGGCACAGAUAUCCCUUACUCAAGCAGGCUGGUGUCCAGGCCGUUAUCUCCCUGUCCCUGCGGAGACCAUGGGUAGUGGGACCCUAAUCUGGCAGCCACCCAGACACCAAGUUCCACACCUGUUCAGUUGCCACCCACUGCGGGGA